GCACUACUACAUUUAAACAAAGAAUAGUUUGAUCAUAACAAAUUUGUUUGCAUAUAUUUUUAUUUUGCCCCCUUCAGUUCACAAUAUGGUUAAAGAAAAGAUUACAGAACAGGUAAUUCUUGCAUGAUCCCUUUUGUUUAGACCCAAAACUGAUUUGUUGCCAUCCCUGUCAGUUCAAGGCUGCUAGGCUGAGACCAGCUGUAAGUGAAGCUGGCAUCCAAUCUAUUGGGUACUUGAUCUGGAACAGUUUUUCUUCAUACUGGAUGGAUUUCAGUUCAGUGAGUCAUUGGCUAAUGAGUGUUGUCAUGUGCGUUGAUGCAGGAUGAAUUGAAGGAACUUGAAAUUGUGGACACUGCACUGUUGGGCAUUCAGGAGUAAUAUAAGCAUCUGAAAUAUGUUUGGAAAAUUUUGUUUGUUUAUCCCUCCUUGCGCUAAAAUUCCUUGGAGCAAUCUGACAGUGGGGCCUGAGCCGCUUUUUGUUCGGUCUGAAAAGGGCUUAAUGGGCAGCAGAAAGUUUGGGCCAGAAACAGACACAUAAUGGCAAUAAGAACGUGCUUACAGCUGCUUUGAUGUGGACUGUUAAUUUCACAUGGAAUGGCUGGGGCACCCCUCUUGUUCCACGCCUGCAGUGCAUAGAUGAAGCUUCCUCCUGAGUUAAAAUCCACCUCUAGUGUCGUUGCCAUCCCCGCAGAUCAUCCACCUUAUUGUUAGGUUAAGUCAGCUAUGUCAACCAAUUAUGUCAUAUAAUUUGGAGUUCUGCUUAGCUGACUCAUUCUCCCCCAUUUUAAAUUGUUUGUGUUGAAUUCAUGGGAUAUUGGGAGAGUAUCCUUGGGGAAAUUUGGAUUUAAGAUUUUCCAUGUGUGGGCUCAUAUCCUUAAGAUCUAUUAUUCCUUUUUUCUGGAUCUUUCCUUUGUUACAUUAAUGAUUUGCACGCAGACUAGUGUUGCGAAUGGACCGUUUAUGGGAUAAGUUAGACGCACGAGAAUCUGCAGCAUCCUGGCAAACUCCCCAUUUAGUUCAGCACCAGGCACCAGGUACAUUUCUCCUCUUUAGCAUUUGAUAACAUGGAAAAGCUUUUUUUAUCCUUCAUCCAACCAGCCUGAUAGAUGGAAACCGUUGCAAGGAGGAAUGGAAGUUACCGACAAACUGGAAGCUCCAAGUUGAUGCCAGGACCAGGACACUGACUGGAUGAGCAUAGGGAUUUCAGAAGGAACGGUUCAAACCAGAACAUGCCAGUUGGCGUGGAGGUGCUCUGGCGGAUCAAUUGAAGGCCAGAAGCUUACAAACGUGCAAAUACAAAACAACGCAGGCCAGAGAAGGCCAAACAAAAAGAAAAUUAAGUAUUUUUUCUGAGAUAGGUUGCUCUAGUGAUUAACUUUGUAAUGGGUUCAUAGUAAUAUCACAUUGUUAGUGCUAUAUAACCUCAAGAGGAUCAAAGGUAGCAUUACUUGAAACACACAGAGGUAGGCCAGACCUCUUCACCAUAUUUCACAAACCACAGUCUACCCAACAAACUAACCACACUUGCUAAAACAGCUCACAGCAUGCCGGGGGAGUGGUCAGUCGGGCUUUGCGACUGCUUUGGAGAUUUCAACACCUGUUGCUUGACUUUCUGGUGCCCCUGUGUCACAUUUGGCCGCACUGCUGAGAUCGUGGACAGAGGCUCCAUAUGUAUGUGUUCUACAUACCCUCAUCAUCAUCUUUUAAUCUUUUCAAUGAAAAAGUUUAUCUUCAUCUUUCUGGUGGAUGCAUGCAUAAAAGCUAUCAGUCUCCUUGGCUCACUCUCCCGCUUGUUUGCAGCAUGCUGCAUGAAUGGCACACUGUAUUAUCUGCUUGCAACAAUAGGCUGCCAAUGGUUGUAUGGUUGUACCAAGCGCUCCUCAAUGCGCACACAAUACAACUUGCAAGAAUCCCCUUGCUUGGACUGCUGCGUCCACUUCUGGUGUGGCCCUUGUGCACUCUGCCAGGAGUACAGGGAGCUGGAGAAACGCGGCUUCAACAUGGCCAACGGAUGGGAAGGUAGCAACAAGGUGGUGGGGUGUUUUCAUGGGAUGACGACACCACCAAGAAAGCAAUCCAUGUGCUUCUAGGAUAGCAUAGCUCCAGGCUCCAGCGGUUUUUUUUUUUUCAGGCUCCAGCGUUUGCUGGUCAUGUCCAUGAUGAUUUGCACUUCCUUCUCAUCUCCCGUGUGUCCGUGUUCCUGUGAGUUACGUUCCUGCAUAAAGCAUUGUAUGAAUCGUUUCAAAAUAAAUAAAUAAAGCAUUGUAUGUACACAUACGA